AAGUGACAAUAAGUAAAUGGUGAAAUCUGCCACAAGCAUUUCUUCUACAAAAACAACACAUAGAUCCAAUUUCAACUGAAUUUGACUUCUACACAAUCCAACAAAACACAACAAAGAGAAGCGAUCAGUGUCUCAACAAUGGAAUUGGGAUUAGGUUUUGAUGAAAACGAUUACUUAUCAUGCUGUGGAAGCACCCAAUUCGCCAAAGAAAUGGCUUCAGCUUCUCCUUUUCCUUCCUACCAACACGCUCUUUCUGUUGCCAGACACAUUUGGUUCAACACCGUUGAUGUUAAUGGUUGGCUACAAGCUUUCUCUGCUCACCCUUCCAUUGGUCAAACUCGUGCCCCUUCUCAUGCUUCUCAAACCAGUGCCCAGUGGAGUAAGGGAGAACAAUCAACUGCUUUAGCAACUGCUACUGGUUCUAGUUUACAGGAACUAGCUGAAUGGAAUGCUAGGUAUAUGCAAAAGUUUGGGUUUGUAUUUCUUAUAUGUGCAUCUGGGAGAAGUACUGAAUCGAUACUUGCUGAAUUGAAGAAACGCUAUACAAAUAGACCAAUUGUCGAAUUUGAGAUUGCAGCUCAGGAGCAAAUGAAAAUUACAGAACUGCGCUUGUCAAAGCUCUUUACAAGUAAAGGAAACAUAAUUUCUACAACUGAUAAAAAUUCCUCUCUCGCAACAAAAAAAGCAGAAGAAGAACGUGUAAGCAUUAUUGGUGGUCACGUGACUGCUGCUUCAGACACUUUAACUGCAAAAUCGAUCCAAAACCCGUCCAGAACCCGCCCACCUAUUACCACUCAUGUGUUGGAUGUUUCGCGGGGCUCUCCAGCUUCAGGCAUUGAUGUACUUUUGGAGAAGUGGAACGGUAAUCAAGCUCGUCCGAUAUUCGGUUACACGGAUAGUGACGGAUGGGUGGUUCAAGGGUCUUCGUCGACAGAUUCAGACGGUCGUAGUGGUCAACUAAUGAACAUAGUUGAUGAUGUGGAUCCAGGGAUAUACAGGAUAAGUUUCAACACUGGAAAGUACAAUCCGAACGGUUUCUUUCCAUCCGUAUCUAUUGUGUUUGAAAUCUUGGAGUCACAGACAAGGCAACAUUUUCAUGUUCCUCUAUUGCUUUCGCCAUUUUCCUUCAGCACUUACCGUGGAAGCUAGAAGAAACAUGGUAACAGUUUCUCUAUCAAUGCCAUGAAUACCUGAAAGUAGUUUUCAUGAAUUGAUGUUUGUGUCCAUAGAAAAUGAGAAGGAUACCAAGUAUAAAAAGAUAAUCAGUGGUGUUUGCUUCAUGUAUGAUUUCAGUACUUAUAUAUGGGAUAAUAAUUGUGUCUUUGCUUGGAAUGUUUUAAAAUAAAUUGAACAGAUCUAAAA